CGGUCACACUGCAUUCUGCUCUUCAAAAAAUAUUUACUAGAUAAAACACUUGGAAUUCGGCGGAUUUGAGUGUAGUUUUUCGACUCACGCAUCUAAUGCGGCACAGUAAUGACAUAAGGAUCAAGUGCAAUAUAUUGAGUGUGCCAUUUGUUAUCCAGUAGCGCCCCUAUUACAGCAGGAUGCAGGAUGCCACGGCUCCGGAUCCGGAACCCAGCAGCACCAACGGCAAUUGCUCCGUUGAACAUGACAAUCGGCAGGAUCAGGAUGAGAACCACGUAGGCGCCGAGCGGGAAGCGGAGGCCAACGAUGCCAACUGCACCGUUUGUGGUGCCGCCAAGGCAUCGGCGCUUUUGGAUCUGCGCUCCAACCAUGUAAUGCAACGUCGCCUAAGUCGCGACUGGAAGAUUCAUGCAGAUGUAAUCCGAUCCACAUUGAAGGCCAUUUGCGUGGAGUGCGUGUGCAAGCUGAACAUGCACUCGGAGGUCACUCGAUCCCUGAUGCAGCGCAUGCAACGGCUGCAGCGUUCCGGUGGUGAAACCACCAAGGUGACAACCACCACGACAUCGCCCAGCCAGCACAGUCCACCCAUUGCUGAUGCAGAGGUGUCGACCACCUUGAUUGAGAGUCAGGAGGAGGUGGCCCACAGCGGGCAGAGCGUUCGCUCGCGUUCUUCCUGCUCCGUGCUGGAAGUAUACCUCGCUCAACAACCAUAUUCUCCAUCGGCCAAGGAAACGGAAGAGAAGCAUGCGGAGGGCUGGAAAUGGCGAACACGGCUGGAGUGUCACGAAUGUGGUCGGGCCUAUUUUCGACGGGAUUACUACGCCCAGCACUUGAGGCGCUGCUCCAAAACGCGCAGGAAGCAGCCACGUCCAUCGCGCGUCAAAUGCCGGGUACUAAAUGAGGCGAGCUAUGAUGAAGAGGCGCCAUCCAGAGCCAUCCGAUCAUCGCGCAUAUACUACUGCCGGCAUUGCGACGCAGAGUUUGAGACCUUAAUCAGUAAGCGACAGCAUGAGCGAAUGAAGCAUCAGCAGCGAUAUCCGUGUGAUUUGUGCGAAGCCCAGUUGGACACGAAGUACGAGUGGGAAAUGCAUCACACCAUCUGCCAGGCCAAGCAGGAGGCCUUAGCAAUUGUGGAGCAGCAGGAAGCUGGCCAAACCGUUAUGACUUCCCGGGUGCCAAGGGCAUGCUCGAUGCGCUCUCGCUCACGGGCAUGCUCCGAAGCCUGGGAUAGGUACGACAUGGAUGAGGAGGAAGAGGACGAAGAAGAUGAAGAGAUAGAAAGCGGUGGGGAGGAACUAGAAGAGGGCGAGGAGGAUGCCAUGUACGCGCGACGUAUGAACUUUACUGGCGACUGGAUUGUUAACCACAGCCGCAGCAAUAGCAACAGCGCUGGUAAUCUCUCCCUUUUGUACGGAGACUACGGAAUGGUGGAAACGCACAUGACCACCGACAAGGAGUAUGAUCUUUACCUACUGGACCUGCUCAAGACGCAGGUGCGACUGAAAUCAUUCACUUGUUUCACGCCUGACUGUGGCUACCAGACGGACACCCUAGUGGCUCUAAUGAAGCACGACUACAUGGAGCACUGGAAGAUGAGCUGGUUUUACUGUCAUAAGUGCGGCGAUGUGUUCACCAGCAAGGUCUUUUUAGACUACCAUAUGCAUCUCCAGAACCGCGGCCUCUACAUCUGCCAUAAGUGCCGCGAAGAGUUUGAGUUGCAGCACCAGUUAGAUCGGCAUUUCCAGCUGCACAGGAAAGGGAUCAAUUACCACUGCAAUUUCUGCCGAUUGGAGUUUCUUAGCGAGGCUAAGCUGCUGGCCCAUUGCAAAAAGCUGGGGCACAGUCCCAACGACGAGCCCCUCAUCAGCAUUGAUCGUUCGCUCUCGAUUGUCAACUGCCAUGUGCCACGGUCAUCGGACUAUUCUCGAAUAGUCAAGUCGUACGAAGAACGUGAGUUCUAUAUUCCGCGAAUACCGAUGCCCUCCACGCAGCCCAUGCACUUGCCUCAACAUAAACCCUUUCGUUUCGCUAUCGGAAUAUGUGAUUUCGAGGAGCGAAAUCCGAACUGCGUUGGAUGUCACUGAUUACGAACUUGUUGUGAGCUCCAUUCUUCGUCUGCAAUAUAUUCGAAUAGGUCAUGCUACACGUUACUAGUAGAGUGUAAAGUGCUAAUAUGCACACUCUUUGGUCGAGCAACGAGGAACUCGACUAUUGCGUUCUCUUUGUAUAAUCAACUCUAGUAAAUUUAGAUAUGCAUAUUUUUUAUAAUAAAUAUUGUGCCGUUGUCAG